AUGAAUACAACGCCAUUAAUACCAACACGCGUACAGUCACCAUCAUUUAUUCGUAAAAGAAACUUACCAACUCCUCCACCAUCUUUUGCUGAUGUCAAUGAUUCCUCAUCGUGUUCUUCUUCGUCUUCUUCUUCUUCUGUUUCAUCUGCUUAUUCGACAACUACAACUAGUAGUACGACUCUUAGUGACAAUAACAAUACAGUAACAUCAUGUGAUUUAUUAAAUAUAAUAACGGAUACUCGUUUUCGUCCAGUUUUUCAAGCUAUUGAUGAAAUAAAACGACGUAAAUGUCGACCAGAUCUUGAACGAAUACUGAAAUACGUUGAAAAACGAUCUACAGGAAAUAAUAUUUCAUAUCAACGUGAUGAAAUACUUGUAAUACUUGAUGAUUUACUUAAACUUGGUCUUAUUACAAAAGUAUUUCAUAAAGGUGGUUUUACUAUACGAAUUAAAAAUGAAAAAUGUGCUAAACUUAUUGAAAAAAUGAAUGUAUGUUAUAAUCAAAAAACGCCAACAGCAACACCUAUGAGUCCUCAUGAAGCAAUGGCUGCUGCUGCUGCUGCUGGUACUAUUAAUAUAAAUAAUCAACAAUGGCCAGCACCAAAACAAUAUGUAUUAAAUUCAAAUGAAAAGAAUAAUAGUGAUCAUCAACAUAUUCAUCAUAUACGCGAAACACCAUCUCCAGAAUUUGCCGUGUUUAAAACGGAAUCAUCAUUACCUGUAUAUUCAUCAAUUGAUCAAAAUAAUAACUCUGGAAAACUUCAAAUGAUAAAAGAAAAUACUCUUACGAAUGGAUCAAAUUUUUUAUCAUCAUCAUCAACAGCAUCAUUAUCAUCUUCGAAUUUGAAAUUAAAUAAAAAAAGAAAUCGAAGUCAAACAGUAUCUUCAAAUGACAGUAAAAAAUCACGUUUAAUAAAAACAUCGGAUUCAAUUCUUACUUCAUCUCCUCCUAUUCUCUCUAAUGUAAAUAAUAAUGAUGAACAUUUAUUUCGUAAACCUUUAAUAACAAAUAAUAAUUUACCGCCGAUAACUGUUGAACAAAUUCUUGGAUUACGUGGUGAUAUACCUGAUGUUCAUAGUUGGUCAACAAAUGAUUUAAAUGAAUUUUUUCAACAACAAGGAUAUGAAUAUGCAUCCAUUGUAUUAAAUAAACAUCAUAUUAAUGGAAAUAAAUUAUAUGGACUUAAACGAGAACAAGUAUUUCGACUGUCAACACUUAAAAUCGGUAAGGCACUUAAAUUAUGGAAUGUAAUUGAACAGAUACAACGAAAAUCAUUAUCUUAA